ACUUCCGGUUGUUUGGUAGCUGUUCAUUGAGCUGUUUGUUUCAGACGGUAACAUUGACCUAUUUCUAUAGUCAUGGGUAAACUUGAUAAUCUAAAGAAGGACAAAACUAAGUUACUUACACUCGGAGUAUUUGUUGCAGACGUUGUGAUUUUAAUAAUUGUUUUGAUAAUCUUAUGGGUAAUGCCUGAACCAAGAACCCCAGGAGAGGAAUGUGGGUAUAUGUGCCUCCCUUGUCCUAAAAGGGAAAAUCAAGUAUGUUGUGGCUGUAGGGCUGAAAGGCUGAAUACGUAUUUAGAAGAGAAUUUUGACAAGUCUUACCUUGAAGUUGAUACAGAAUAUACAAAAAUCUACGAUAAAAGAAUUGCCAAAAUUUAUGGAGGCUAUAUUGGCGAUGUUAAACCCGUGGCUCACAUGAUAGGAGAAAUGAGAGAACCAUCUGAAGAGAGGGAGACACUUCCAGUAACGAAAUGGUACAAAGGCAACAACUGUUUGCUCUUGAAUGGAAUGUCCAUGCAUAGCGGGCGCAUGCGUGUUCCAGCCACUGGAUAUUACCACGUAUACAGCAUGUUGGAUAUAAGUUACCACUACGAGAAAGACAACUCCAGGAAAUCAGUUGCGCCAAGUGACAAUCCUUCUCUAAUUCACUCUAUCUUCCUCUCAAAUAUCGAUGACAACAACGAAAUUGAGGUGUUGAGUACCUGUCAUCCGUAUGAAUUUUCCAGGAACGACAUAUUUGGGCGAUUUGACACCUAUCUUAGUUCGGACAUACAUUUAACAGCUGGAGACGAAGUUUAUGUCAAAGUUUCUAAUAUCUCACAAGUCAACAGCCCUCCCAAAAACAUUUUCGGAAUUUAUAUGAUAUAACUUUUACAAGGUUGUGAUACAGUCUGGAGUUAAAGAGCUUUAAUAGAUUCAUGUAUAACAGAAACUAAUGCCUGAAACAUUUCUUUGUGAAACCACAAUAUUCUAAAAACAGCUGAAUCAUUUAAAAUAACCGAAAACAUUAGUGAAUUUUCGAAUUUUUCCCUUUUACAUAUUUUGCUUUUUUUUCGAGUGCAGAGUUCCCACAUAUAUAAACAUGUUGAAAGGUAGAAAGAAUGUCUGUUUUUCAUAGUACUAGCAAAACAAGUUAUGAACUCCAUCAGCUUACACGUAUAAAUAUAAUUGUAUUAAUAUUAAAUUAUUAUCAUAUCUAAUUUAACAUCAAAACUAACACGUUUGUAGUGAUUUGAUAUAAAUUCUUCUCAUUUUGGGGGAUGGGGGUAAAGAUUGCAUUCACGCAAUCAGACAGGCUUGAUAGCAAUAUUAUCUAAACAUCAUCACUACUUUUGAGAGCACAAAAACAUAGUUCAUUAAAGGAGGGAAACAUCCUAUCAUGAACAUAUCAAGCAAUUUGGUAAUGUUAUAUAUACACUCAGAUAUUUGAUUUACAAAAUGAUGUGUAUGUGUAUAACCAUAAUUGUCAAGAGAACUAUUUUGUUAUAAAUUACUUUAAUAAGUUGUACAUGGUGCAUGAAUCUUUUUUUUCUAAAAUAGCAAUGUUAAGUAUUGCAAUUGUCUCCCUUUGUCUACAAUGAUGGAUACAGGAAGAUAUUUGUAUCUAUGAUGAGUUUAUUUGCAAUCCAUUGAUUAACUCAAUCAUGACAAUGCAAAGUUUAAUGUUUAGUUCGCACUGCAAGUUGAAUGCAAUCUUCACCUUUCAAUGCUCACAAGCACCAUGAUUGUAUAUAUAGUAAAAUAUUUUUAUUACUUCUUUUUAAACUUAUAUACUGAUGUAUGUAUGCUUACCAAAGCUUUAAAUUGGGUUGUAAUUUUUAUUAUAGUUUGGAAUAUUGUUGUGGUUCGGUGUUAACUAAAUUAAAAUAUUUAGUUUUAGUUUUCAAAGUCACAUUUUCAGCGUUAAUUAUGUUUCUUAGCAGCUUUUAAAUCUUACAGCAUAAUAAUAACCUCGAAACAAAAUUAAAUAACCAAUUACAUUAAACUUUUUUCUAAAUCAGUCAGAGGUAUACAUAUACACAUGUUACAAGCAAUUAACUAUUUGACAAUUACAAAUCUGUAUUGAACACAUAUAAAAGCUAAGCUUCAAAACAGAAGAAAAAUGGAAAAGACAAAUGUAUAUAAAAAAAAGAAAAAAAAGAAAAAAAAAGAAAUUUAAUUAAUAAGAAUAUAUUUUUCUUUAACAUGUAUUUACACUGUCAUGCACAUUACACAUCUAAUAUUUAGCAAAGAACACAAGACCACAAUUCACGAUUUAUUCAUAUUCAUAUAAAAAACAAUUAUUGGUAGUGUGAAUGUGUGACCGUUUGUUUGCAUUUUUAACUUCAUUUUCAUUAAAAUUAUGUAAAGCUUUUUGUCAAAUUAAAAAUAUGAAACCAA